UGAACCAGAGGACCGACGCCUCACUGCCGACAUCCUGGAGAGACGGGGGCGUUUGUCCUCAACCAGCUUUUAAAUAAGUCCACAUCUUCACGCUUUUUGUCGUCAACUCUGUUGCAAAGUCUCCUCGAGAUUUAUUUUAUUCUUUUAUUGUUGGAUUAAGUUCACCGACCUGAACAAUUUUCUCCAGGAUAUUAUCGUGGAGUUUCUGACAUGCCCCUCAGGAGCUCUGUUGCAGUGUUCAUCUUAUUAAACGUCACAGCUGGAGCAGCGACCACGGUGAACGACAGCUACAAUGACUACUAUGCAGAGGAAGAUAGCGCUCCGCAAAUUGACAACACAGACCCUUACUGGUGUAAUCCUCUGAGUCUGACCAACGGGGAAGUGACCUGCCGCUCCCCUCGUGGUAGAUCCUACACGAGCACGCUGGGAACCCGCUGUGAGAUGUCCUGCGAUCGAGGGUACCGGCUGCUGGGAAGGACCUCGGUUCAGUGCCUCGCCACCCGCCGCUGGUCUGGCACCGCUUUCUGCCGCAAGACUCGUUGCCAUGUGCUGCCCCUCAUUCCUCACGGCAGAUACACCUGCAGUCAAGGCUUUUUUGUGGACUCCAGGUGCGCCUUCACCUGUAAGCCCGGUUACCGCUUCGAGAAUGAACACUCACGGACUUGCCAGCCCGGGGGGUCGUGGAGCGGCGUGCAACCAGUGUGUUCAGAUACCGAUCCUCCAAAGAUCAAGUGUCCUCCAUCUAGACUCAAGGUUGCAGAGCCAGGGAAGCUGACAGCAGUGGUGUCCUGGGACCCCCCCACUGCCUCAGAUACUGCUGACAAAUCACUUGAUGUGGUGCUAGUGGGCCAGCAGCCCGGCACUGCUUUUAAAGAGGGACUGAGCAUUAUCCGAUACAAGGUGUUCGACCAAGCCAGGAACAGAGCAGCUUGCAAGUUCAUUGUACGUGUGGAGGUGAGAAGAUGUCCAGAGCUGUUUCCACGCCUGCAUGGUUCCCUCAGCUGCUCUUCUGACAGGAAUAACUACGGUGCAGAGUGUGAAUACCACUGCGAUGGAGGUUAUGAGCGCAGAGGGAUGGCUCGUCGUGUCUGUCAGUUCAACCGCGGCUGGAGCGGAAGUCCUGCCGAGUGUGUCCCGAUGGAUAUAAAAUCGAAUGUGAAGACAGUCUCGGCUCUUCUGGAUCAGUUUUAUGAAAAGAGAAGGCUGCUGAUCCUCUCGGCUCCUAACGUAACUGACCACGAUUACCAGCUGCAGAACCUCAUGAUACAAAAAGCUGAUUGUGGAUUAGACCUGCGACGUGUUACGGUCGUGGAACUCCUGGGCUCUCCACCGCGCGAGACGGGCCGCAUCAAGGAAAGUCUGCUCCAGGCCGAGGUCAUCGAGGGCUUGAGGCAAGUAUUCAGAAUCUCCAGAUUCUACUUCAGCAUGUUGCUGCUGGACGAGCGUGGACACGACCGAGAGCGCUUCAUUACCCCGGUAUCGUCGGAUGAGCUGUUCUCUUACAUAGACGGCUUCCUGCUGGAUGAGGAGGAACGGGAAAGGCUGGAGCUCAAGAAAGAUUUCUGCGAAUAAUUUUAUGAACUUUAUUCUGGUUGCCACAGCAAUGAAGCCAUCAGCGUUGCUCAGAUAAGGACUUUUGAAGGAAACGCUUAAAGAAAAAGAACAGUUCCUCAUGUUGAAAUGUGAUCAUUAUACUGUGCUACACUGAAUUCGUAGAAUAUUAUACUUAAAGUUUAAGUUAGUCUUUCUUUUUUAUAGGGGAAUUGUUUAUAAUAUUUGAGCUUUUAGUGCCUGCAGCAGUUUUUAACAGUGUCACCUCAUUUAAUUGAUGACUUAAACUGCUAAUAUGGAACUUUAAAAAUUUAGAGUUGUUCAAGGUGGUAAAAAUGUGCUCUUGAGUUUCUGUUAUGAGUAGCUGUUGGACUGACUCUGUGAUGAAACUCCUUGAUUUUUCCAAACCAAAGAGCUCACUUAAUCCACUUACUUCAGAUAAGACUGUUCAUUAUCACAUCAUGUAACCUCUCUUGGAAAGAAAAGGAAAACAUUUUUCUAACAAUAAACCACCUUCACAG